AUGUUCUUCAGAGGACUCGUUGCGGUGUUUCUGGUCACUACUUGUGUCGUCGUCUACAACCUUAGCGGAGACCAUAAUCCGAAACCGCUCACCAUUUUAUUGUGGACAACAUGGUCCGGCAAGGAGAGCUACCCGUACUUCAAAGAAGACGUCGUGGAUAGCAAGUGUCCUCAGGUCUGCCUCUUCACUAGGCAGAGACGCCAUCUCAAGUCCAGCGCGGCCAUUUUGUUCCACGGCAAAGACAUCUACCUGAACGACAUGCCCAGCUACAGAAGCCCGCAACAACGAUGGAUCUUCUUCAGCCUGGAGCCUCCGACGGCCACUUCACUGUCAAUGCUGGAGAAACUAGACGAACUCUUUAACAUGACGAUGACCUACAGGCAGGACUCGGACAUCACCACCUUUUACGGCUACACGGUCCAGGCGAGAAAACGACCUCGUGUCACGGUGAAGUCGAAGGAAUUUUGGAGGGCUCCCAAACCAGGAGCCGCCGUGUGGAUGGUUUCCCAUUGCAAGACAGAUAGCAGACGUGAAACUUACGUGUCAGAGCUCCAAAAGGUUCUGCCCGUCGACAUCUUUGGCAAGUGUGGUAAACACGUGUGCGAACCUAAAGCGUCCGACGCGUGUUACCAGGACGCCGCGAAGAACUACAGUUUCUACCUGUCCUUCGAGAACUCCAUCUGCAGGGACUACGUCACAGAAAAGUUUUUCCGGCCACUCCUGUUCGACCUUGUGCCUGUGGUUUUGGGCGGUGGUGACUACGUCAGCGUGGCGCCUCCGGGAUCAUACAUAAACGCUCUUGACUUUAGGUCUCCUGCAGAACUGGGGGAAUACCUGAAGCGUGUCGCAGGAGAUCCGGAAUGGUAUGAAUCGUUCUUUCUGUGGAAGAACCACUUUAAACUCAAGUACGAGCAUCUGGGUUGCAAGCUUUGCUCAAAGUUGCACUCUGACAUUGCGUCUGGGAGAACGUUCACCUACAACAAAUUCCGCAAAUGGUUCCUCGAAGACGCACGCUGCGCAAACUGGAAACAACUGUUGCAUGGACGUGCGUAG